AUGAAUUUUAAAUACAUCAAUGAAAGAGGCCAAUAGAUGUCCAGGUAAAAGAGAAAUUAAGUUUCAAAUUUUGAUAACCCAGAAUAGUCAACACUAAAAAGUUUACGAUUGUAGACUGAUUUCAAUGAAAAUCAAGAAGUUGAGCCCUUUCCAAUCUAGGAAAUUCUUUCUGAGUCGUCUCAUGAAUCAAUUGAUUUGCCAGAAAAAGACAAUCAUAAAUUCUACCCAACUUUUUUGGGAUAAAAUCAUUCUAGCAUUUCAAGAUUGUUUUUUUUAUAGUACACAACCUAUGCUCUACAUUUAAAACAUGAAGUAUUGGAUAAAAACUAUAAAAUUACAGAUAAGCAUCUUCCCGCUUUAUCCCCAGAAGACGAUUUAAAGUAAUUAAUAAAGAAUUCUUAAAAUCAAAUUUUAGAAUUCGAUCAAAUAACAUGUAAAACAUUAGUGAAAUUAAUAUUUUUUGGAGAAUUGAAAUGGAUGACUGGAAAAUGCAUUUUUGCCUAUCUAAUAGAAUCAAUUUCAAAAAAUGGGAUUUCUUUUAUAAUGAGUUACAUAAUAGCCAGUGUUUCAUAAAAUGAUGCGUAAAAUGCUCAUAUGUACGGAAUAAUUCUAGUCGCAUUAAAUUUCAUUUGUCUUUUGAGUAGACACCACGCAGCUAAUUAUUCGAUGAUAUUCUCCACAAAAGCUCGUCUAAAUUUGAUUAAUUUAGUAUAUAUCAAAUUAAUUGGAUUAAAUUCCUAUUCCUUCAGACAAGCUAACAUAGGAAAGAUCUUGAAUCUAAUAUCUGGAGACAUUAACACUUUGGAACAAAUGUUUAGUAUGAUAUUUCCAAGUAGUGUGGUCAUUAUUUCAAUGAUAUUCGCUUGUCUUAUUUUAUGGCUUAGAUUCGAUGGUAUAAUUGGCUUAUUGGCUAUUGUAUUGUUAUUUAUUACUUACCCUAUUCAAGUCCUAAUAUCAACAUUCAAUCAGGAAACAUUAAAAUUAGCGAAACUUAAUUAGGAUAAAAGAUUGACGAUUACAAAUGAAUUAGUAGAAGGAAUCAGAUUAAUUAAAAUGCAAGCUUGGGAGAGAGCAUUCCAGAAAAUAAUAAUGACAAUAAGACAACGCGAAUUUAUAUGUUUAUUAAAAAUACUCUUACGCACAGUAUUUGAUAGAUUACUGACUUAAACCUCACAUCUAUGGUCGAGUUUGUUAUAUUUCAUUAUCUUAUAUUAUGGAGGCUUUAGAACUGAAAUGUAAGUAGCAGAAAUGAUUUCUACUGUUUAGUUGCUAAAUUCAUUGAAAAUAUCAUGUGUUUAUAUAGUUUCAAAUGGAAUUCAAGCCUUAAUUUAAAUUAAAGUAACUUUCGAGAGAAUCGCCAACGUGCUUAAUCUUUAAAACUAUGUAAUGCUUAAACUAGAAGAUAGCUAAAAUGAAUAUAUUACAAACAUAGAUUCAGAAUAAAGAAAAAUAGAAUUAAAUAAUUUCUAUGCUUACUGGACACAUUCAGUAUCCGAAGUUGAUAAACCAAUUUUAAAGAAUCUGACCUUAAAUUUUAAAGAAGGUGAAUUAUGGGCUAUUAUUGGAAGAGUUGGCUGUGGAAAAUCAACACUUUUGCAUUCAUUAUUAUGUGAAAUCCCAUCUUACAAGGGACAGUUGCUGAUAGAUGGCUAAGAUCCAACAUUAAACUAAUUAAAGAUUGCCUAUGUUGAAUAAGAACCGUAUUUAUUUCCUGAUUCUAUUAAAAACAAUAUUCUUUUUGGAAAACCAUACAAUAAUGCACUAUAUACAAAGGUUACUCAAGCAGCCUAAUUGGAAGCUGAUUUUGAAAUAAUGAAAUUCAGAGAUUAUACUGAAAUUGGGGAAAGAGGUGUCACACUUUCAGGAGGUUAAAAAGCCAGAAUCUCUUUAGCCAGAGCUUUAUAUUAAACAGCUGAUUUGUAUUUAUUUGAUGAUCCCUUGUCAGCAGUUGAUGCAAGUGUAGCAGAGAACAUAUUUAUGACUGCCAUAAAGGGGUUUAUUUUUGAUUAUUAAAUAGCUCAAAAUCCUAAAAAAUAAAAACCUAUAGUUAUUCUAGCAACACAUUAAAUUUAAUAUGCAAUUAAAUGUGAUAAAAUAGCAAUAUUAAGUCAUGGAGAAUUGAUAUCUUAAGGAGCUUAUGACUAAAUUAAACCUAACUUAGAAAUGAUUAAUAGUGAAUUAGCCACAUAAUUAGAUAAAACUAAGCUUGUGAAUACAAAAAUAGAUAUUAAAUAAGAAAAUAAAUUAAUAAAAAAGAGAAAAAAGGUUUAUUUAAAAGAAAUUAGAAAUCUUAUUGUUUAAGAAUCUGAUAAUUAAUAAAUCAUAGAUUUUUCUGUUUAUUUGAGAUACUUCAAAAAUUGGAACUGCCUAGCUUUCUUUAUGGUUGUAUUAUUAGAAGUGGCACAUGAAGUUUUAACUAUGCUAUACCAAAGAGUCAUUUCUUUGUUUGAAUACUAUUAAGAUAUGGGCUAAAUUGAUUAAACCUAUAUACUUUUAUCUAGUUUAAUUAUUGGAUUAAUGGUUUGCUGUUUUAUCAAGUAUCUUCUAAAUGUCAUUUAAGUGCAAAGAACAACUUAAAACAUUCAUAAAAAGAUGCUAAAUUCUAUUACAUUAGCCCCAAUAUGCUAUUUUGAUGUAAAUCCAUCAGGAAGAAUUAUUAAUCGAUUUUCUAAUGACUUAUCUUUGUGUGAUAAUUAAACAAACAUAGUAUGUUUAGAUGUCUUGGAAUUGAUUGGAAACUUUUUCAUUGCCUUAAUAACUCUUGCUAUCUUGUAACCUUAUUUUAUCUUUAUGAUUUGCUUUAUCAUAGUGUUAAAUCUUUAUUAAUAUCACUUUUACAAUAAAAUUGUCAGUUAAUUAAAAGAAAACGAACUAAUUUAAAGAAGUCCAUUGUUUGAUUUCAUAAAAAAAACACUUGGAGGAUCCAUCUAGAUUAGAGUUUAUGAAUAGUAGGAUCUAUUCAAGAAAUAAUUUUUAGAUUUAUCAAAUAAAUGUAAUUUAAAUUCAUUAACAUAUUUUUAUUCAAUAAGAUCUUUUUGCUUUAACAUCGAUUUUAUUGGAUUUAUUGCUUCAUCAAUUGGUCUAUUCAUUUUCCUCAAUCUUAAUUCGAAUGAUGUUGCCGUAUUCUCUCAAGGAUUAUUAUUGUUAAUCACCUAUAACGAUGGAUUAUCCCUUGGCUUAAAACAAUUAAUUAAUUUUGCAACAUAAAUGAGUUCAUAUAAUAGAAUGUUUUAAAUAGUUGAUGUGGAUUCUGAAGCAGCUCAAGUGAAAGAUAUAGACUCUAAAUUACCAAACUUUCCAGAAUCAGGCGAUAUUAAAUUCGAGAAUGUUUAUAUGAAAUACAGAACUAAUUCUGAUUUAAUUCUUAAGGGAUUGUCAUUCCAAAUAAAAAGCGGAGAAAAGGUUGGUUGUGUUGGAAGAACUGGAGCAGGAAAAUCUUCAAUUUUAUAGGCCAUUUUCAGAAUGAGUGAAAUAGAAGACUAUGAAGAUUCAAAGAUUGAAAUUGCAGGAGUUGAUACUAAAUAAUUAGGAUUAUAAAAACUAAGAAGUAGUAUAGGAAUCAUACCUUAAUCUCCAUUUUUAUUCACUGGAAGCCUUCGAUCAAAUUUAGAUCCAUUCGAUUAAUAUGAAGAUUAAGCAAUUUGGAAAGCUUUGGAAGUAGCCGGAUUAUUAGGAUAUGCAAAAUCAUUUUCUAAAGGUCUAUUAACUGAUAUUAGUGAUGUUAAUUCAUUAUUCUCCACAGGAUAAAAAUAACUAAUUUGUUUAGCUAGAAUUUUAUUAUAAAAGAAGAAGAUCAUUGUAUUAGAUGAAGCCACUGCUAAUCUUGAUAUGAAAACUGAUGAUUUUAUUUAAAAUACACUUAAGCAAUAGCUUAAGGAAUGCACUCUUAUUACAAUUGCUCACAGAUUGAAUACAAUUGCUGAUUAUGAUAAAGUAAUGGUCAUCGAAAAUGGAAAUGUUAUUGAGUUUGAUUAGCCUUUCAAUCUUUUGGCAUAAUCACUCAAUUCAACAAUAAUAGAUAAACAAUCUCAGUUUUCUAAACUUGUUUUAAAUACAGGGGAAUCUAAUGCUUAAGCUAUUUUUGAUAUUGCAAAAAAAAAAUCGAUUCAAACUUGCAAAUGAUUUAAUAUUUAAUUUUUAAUAGCGUUAUUUAAAAUACAUUUAA